UAAUAGCAGGAAGAAACAAACAAUUCAAAUUAAUAGUUUUGUAAAUUUAAGUAAGUAUAAUUAUGCUUUUGUAAUGAAGCAUUCUAAUUAUAAAAUGGAAAAAGAAGUUUUUAUAUCAAAAGAAGUAGUUUUAUUACAUCCAUUCACAAACCAAGUUGGCGGUCAUAAUUGUCUUUUAAAGUAUGAUGAAAGUAACAUUUGCAAAAUUAUAGAUGAAAAUGAACUAUCAUUUUACCAAAAUAUACCUAAAGAACUCAUUGGAUUUGUACCACAAUUUAAUGGAUGCCCAUACCGCUCCAGCGUUAUUAAAACAGGAUAUUUGGAAAUUACUUUUAAAAAAGCUGGCAAAAACAUUAUUUGUUUGUCUAAAAAUUUUGACCAUCUUCAAGAUUUAAACUUAAACAGUGUAGUAUCCACCUUAAUUAAUACUUGCAGUAGUUGUGAAUCUGAAAAAUCAAGUAAUUGUGAAUGUGCAUCAAACAACCGUUGUGAAUGUGUAUCAAACAACCGUUUGCUAAGUUUGUCACAAAAGGUUGUAGCAUCUGGAAGACAUCAAUUGAUGAUUAUUGAAGAUGUUACACGAAAGUAUAAAUACCCUUGUGUUAUUGAUUUAAAGAUGGGAACACGAGGAUGUGAUAAAAGAGAAAAAAGAAUGAAAAAAGUUAGAGAUACUUCAACUGCACCUAACCUAGGUGUAAAAUUAGGAGGUUUUCAGGUCAACCAUCCUAUAACUGGAAGAAAUUUACGAAUGAAUAAAUUUGAAGGACACAUGUUGACUGAACAUGAGUUUAAAUUAGUUCUCAAAGAUUUUUUAUAUACUGGUAUAAGAUACAGGACAGACAUAUUACCAUCAUUGAUAAAAAAACUUAACAAGUUGUUAAAGUCCCUUGAAAUGAUAGAUGGGUAUAGGUUCUACUGCUGCUCGCUGCUGUUGAUAUAUGACGGUGAAUCAGACAACCAAAUUUACUUUUCAGUUGAUGAUUGUGUUGAAUUAAGAAUGAUAGAUUUUGCGCACACGUGUUAUAAACAUGAGUUUGAUGGUCCAGAUCUUGGUUUGCUUUUUGGAGUGAAAUCUUUGAUAAAAAUAUUUGAAGAAAUACAAUUUCAGUUACAUUAGUAAAUUUUAUUGAUAAAAUUUUUUUUGAUAAAAAUAUUUUUAUAUAAAGAUCUUAAAUGUCUUGUUAUUUU